AUGUCGACCGAUGGCUACUUCGAAGCAGUGCCUGGUGUCACCCCAACAAAGGGAGGCGCCUACCUUUGGCGCUACGUCCCAAGCAAGCCUGCAGCGAUCCUAUUUCUCAUACUAUUUCUCGCCUCUUUCCUCUACAUCAGCCGGAAGAUCUGGAGAACUCGUGCUCGCUUCUGCAUCGUCUUUGCUGUGGGAUGCCUCUUCGAAGUGAUAGGAUACGGAGCACGAGCCAGCGCUCACGAUAAGACCGAAAAAAUUAUGACCUACGCCAUUCAGAACAUGUUCAUCAUUAUCGCCCCCGUCCUCUUUGCCGCCUCGAUCUACAUGGUCCUCGGUCGAAUCAUCACGAGCAUCCACGCCGAGAAAUAUUCAAUGAUCAGAGCUUCCAAAUUGACGAAGACAUUUGUCAUCGGCGAUAAACCCGGCUUGGCAACUUGGGGUGAGAGGAUCGUCAUCAUCGGCCUUGUUAUCCAGAUCGUCAUGUUCGGCCUGUUUUGUGCCAUCGCUGUCGUCUUCCACUGCAGAAUGAGGCAGGCACCCACUCCCGGCUCUCUGGACGGUCUUAUCCCCUGGGAAGAGAGCCUGUACAUGCUUUAUGCUGUCAGUCUGCUCAUCAUGGUUCGAUCAAUCUUCAGAGUCGUCGAGUUCGCUCAGGGGUACACUGGUUACUCUCUUUCUCACGAAUGGACUCUUUACGUCUUCGACUCUCUUCUCAUGUUUCCAGAACGCUUGAGGCCUAAGGAAGACUUGGCUUUGUGA